CUGCUACUCUCCACUUCAACCAGUGCCAAAGAUGAGAGGACAAAUCUUCCUCCGUCUUCUCCUACUGUGUCUCCUCCUUGCAGCUUCUCCGUUCAAUCAUUUCACUGCCAAUGUUCAGGCCAUUCCAGCAGUUCAUGUCAAGCUCAGGACCUUACGACCCAGCACAAUGCCACAUUCUGGGCAUGUCAUACCUUCCUGGGAUGAAGAUAAAAGGACUCGUAAGAGCCCAUCAGGCCCGAAUCCCAUAGGGAAUCACCAACCGCCAUCUAAAACAUAAAGCGAUGAUAGGAUGAACACAGCCAUUCGACAUCAACGGAGACACCAGUCACCGUUUCUUAGGAGGAGCCUUGGGAGACCCCGGUUUCUAGGAACAUUGUGGUUGUACAAAAUGGGGUUUGAUAAUUGAAUAUUUGUACUUUAUAAGUUGUUAUAUUGGUCAUCAUUAAGUUUUAUCGCAUUCAGUAGAAUCUAAAUAUCAUUCCUAUUUCACUUUCUACUUCCUAUCAGCUCGCAAAGGCUCUUUUUUUCCCCCCCUUUUUCGCAUUGAUUCGAAUUCCCAAACCUUCACA